AUGUUCGAGGCAAUAAAACCCCGUGGUGACCCGGAUCCCACUUCCGGGCCGGGUCAUGAGUCGGGCGGCGUCACGGCGCUCUACUGGACCGGAGUCUUCCGUCCGCUGCUUCCAUCGCACCACUCGCUCUUCUCGCCUCGUCGAAAUCAAUAUCCCAAGCCUUCCUGGUCUAUCAACCUGGCUCUCGGCUAUCCUCGCAAGCCAAGACAACAAGGUCUAGCACCUACUCUUCUGGGUGUAGCCUCGCAUCUCCGCACCCUCUUCAGCACGCCGAAAGUAAUGGUUUGCAGGAUGUCUGCGAAAAUGCUACGCUGGCCCGCGAAACGUCGAGACUCGAGAGCGUCAUACAAGCAUCUCGGUCUUGGCUUGCAUGGUCAUCAACCGUCGACCCCUCACUUUUUGCCCUUUAAGUUCGCCACGGCCAAGAUGAAGAUUUUGUGCGAUUCACACGGCGGGGAAAGCGAAUCGGCUGUGUUCAAUUCAAAAGUCAUCAUGAAGUCCACAGCUUUACUCGCCGUAAUCGCCACGGUCACCGCCCUCACCGGUAACAAUAGGAUAAAGACGCCCCGAGACGAAAAGGUCAGCUACGAAGGCUACCAGGUCUACCGCGUAUCGACAUCCAACGCACCACCAAACCAACUCGCCCACCUGCGCUCGUUUCCGUCCAUUGACCUCAAGGGCUCCGUCGAAGUCGCGAUCCCGCCCAGCGAGGUUGAAUCACUCAAGGCUCUGGGACUGCUGGACGACACGCAGCUUCUAGACGAUGACCUCGGACGGGCGAUCAGGGCCGAGUCCGAGGCCGAAAAGAAGCCCGUCUUGACCAAGAGGGGCGAGCUGCCGGACCUGAGCUGGUUUGACUCGUACCACGCGUAUGACGACCACGUACAGUACUGGAGGGACCUCCACGCUGCGUUUCCCGACAACUCGGAGUGGCUGGACAUUGGUGCCUCGUAUGAGGGCCGCAACAUAUUCGGGCUGCGGCUUUGGGGAGGCGAGGACACGGGGACGAAGCCCGUUGUCCUCUGGCACGGCACCGUUCAUGCCAGGGAGUGGAUUACUACAAUGACUGUCGAGUACUUGACCUACCAACUCAUCGACGGCUACAAGUCUGGAGACCAAAACGUCACAGCCUUCUUCGACGCUUACGACUUCUACAUUGUGCCCUUUCACAACCCUGAUGGCUUUGUGUACAGCCAGACCACAAACCGCCUCUGGCGCAAGAACCGCCAGCCGCGCUCCAACACGACCUGCAUAGGCACCGACGGCAACCGCAACUGGAACUUCCAGUGGGACUACCCCCUCGAGGACGGAAGCGUCUCCGCCGAUCCGUGCGGCGAGACCUUCCGCGGCCUCGCGCCGGGCGACACGACCGAGAACGUCGUACUCUCGGCCCUCUCGCGGGAGCUAGCUUCCACAGCUGCCAACUCCACCGGUGGCGGCGGCAUCAGACUCUUCAUUGACUGGCACAGCUACUCGCAGCUGAUCCUCCUCCCUUGGGGCUUCUCCUGCGACCCCGACGUGCUGCCCCGGAACCUCCAGGCGCAGCGGGACGUGGGCGCGGGGUACGCCGCGACGAUUGCGGCGACGAGCGGGGAGACCUACGAGGUCGGCCCGUCGUGUGAGAUUUUGUACUAUUCCACGGGCUCUGCCAGAGAUUUUCACCACGGGGCGCUGAAUGCGACGUACUCGUGGAGCGUCGAGUUGCGGCCCAAGAGCGGGGGGAGCGGAGGGUCUGGGUUCAUUCUGGCGCCCGAGUUCAUCUUACCCACGGCCGAGGAGCAUUGGGAGGGGAUCAAGUAUGUGCUGGGUGCUGUUGGCAAGUAA